UGUUGAAUUUGCAAUUGUUGGAAGUCGAGAGACUCUUUCAGGAUGUCUUGAAAAAUAAUUCAACAGCCGAGGUCUCCAGAACAGCAAACGGAAGGCGGAAACCGGAAGUAGCCGUUUGGCCGAAUUCGGUGUGGCCACGUCGGAAGAAGGCGGGCCCCACCCACCGGCAGCGCUCAGCCCCUCUCGACGCUCAGGUCUUUGGCUGAGAAAAGAAGCAACCGGCGGGAACGAGGAGCACGAGGCCCGGUGUCCAGUCACCAGUUGGCGAAGGGGAGAUGUCGGACCUCGGGGACUGGUUCCGGAGCAUCCCGCUUAUUACCCGCUACUGGUUUGCAGCUGCCGUCGCGGUGCCCCUCUUCGGCAAGCUAGGCCUGAUCAGCCCCGUUUACCUCUUCCUGUGGCCCGAAGCCUUCAUCAACCGCUUCCAGAUUUGGAGGCCAAUAACUGCCACAUUUUAUUUCCCUGUUGGCCCAGGGACAGGCUUUCUAUAUUUGGUGAAUCUCUAUUUUUUGUAUCAGUAUUCAUCACGUCUGGAAACAGGUGCUUUCGAUGGAAGGCCGGCCGACUACAUGUUCAUGCUGCUGUUUAACUGGAUUUGCAUAGUUGUACAAAUGGCUGCCCAACAGAAGAGGAGGGGUCUCUGGAUUUGGGGUUCCUCCUGCCAGUAUGCGAAGACCCGUAGAUAAUCGCCAGGGAGACACAAGGCACAACUGGGGCCAGGGCUUCCGGCUUGGUGAUCAAUGAAACAAACAAACAAAAAAACUUUCCUACUUUCUCCCCCCCCCCCUUUUUUUUUUCCUGUGAGGAACAUCUUCGACAACACAUGGGAAUGUUUCUUGCUGUGGAGGGUAUCCGAGGACCAGGUUUGCUCUAGCGUUGUUGCCUCAGACCCGUUACGAAAUCUUGUUUUGUUCCCGGUGGAAGACAACAUGACUGAAGAGACAAGAUAGAUUUUAAUCCAGGCCAUUAACUUCUUUAAUUCACUGCUGCCAUUAAAAAAAAAAAAGAAUGAUACUUUUUUUUUUAAGGCUGUCCAACAAAGCAUCCUUUCUAUAACUGCUCUCUCAAGGGAAUUCAUGUUCGUCAAUUGGUCUUGUAGCUCUCACUUCAUGAAAGAACCCUACAAAAUCCUCCCUGAAUCCAAUUUGGGGUCAAAAAAAAAAAAAAGUCAUCAGAGACUUUUCUUCCUCCGGUUUGAAUUAAAUUAAAAUGUUCAGUUCCACAGCAAUGCUAGGUAAAACACUUCAGGUAUCUACAGUUGCAUUUCUCUUUUAUUUAGUGAGAAGCAACUUUUUUUUUUUAAAUCCCCUUUUGGAUUUUUCCGAUUGGUAAUGAAUUCUACCUGGAGCCAUUAAGCAAAGGAAGAAAAAAGUUUGGCUGAAUAAUGCUAGCUUUUAAUUUGCAAGCUUACCUUGGCCUCUGUACUCUGUACUCCCAGCAUAGCAAAUGUGGCACCUUUUUAAAUGCCCAGUUCUGUCUGCACUGACUUUGGAGCGAGUCCUAUUGAUCCUGAUUUUGAUGGGGUUUAAUCCUAUGCAUAUUUAAUUCGAAAUGAGAAAAAAAAAUGUAUGAUCUGUUGCCUCGAAUGUGUAAGGGUGGCUUUGAUGUGCGUAUCCUGGCAUGAAGGACUAGAGAAUGCUUCUCCUCUCGCGUUAUGUGCGAGAAAGACCGACAAUGCACAAAGAUCUGUUGAAUGGUUAAUGUAGAAAUACCUCUUUGUAUAACGAUAAAAGCAACAGGAACCAGAUAGCUGAGCUUAAUAAAACAGAUAACUGAC